CACCCACCCUCACGCCCUACUCCCCAUCCUCACUAUCCGCCACCCACCCCUCACUCUUCACGCUUCUUAGACUCACAAAUUCGACAGUUUCUGUUCAUACAGAGAGUGCAGGCUGUGCACCUUAUAAUUUAUCCCGGAAUCAUCGAGAAAUUAGCGGGAUUGGUGGAGUGUGAGGAAGGUUAUGUGUAAUGAACAGCUUGUUUCAUGCAUGUACUGUUGCUGCUGCAUUUUCGAAGACUACCUGUCUUGUAGGGAGGAGUUCAAUUUGCAAAUUCUCAGCUUUCCCUUGGAAGGCGAGUGUCAACCAUGCUGGAAUUAGAAGCUCUAAUUUUAACUUGUAUCUGAAAAGUGUUUGCAUCAGGUUGUAUUCAUCUAAAGAGUCUCAAGGAAAGAAAUCUCGAUCGCGCAAGUCCAAGCCUGCUCCUGCUUCUCCCCCAGUAAUGAAGGAAGAGAGAGAUGGAUUCUUUGUUGUCAGGAAAGGAGAUCUUAUUGGAGUAUACAAGAAUUUGAGUGAUUGCCAGACUCAAGUUGGAUCCUCGAUAUGUGAUCCUCCUGUUAGUGUGUAUAAAGGCUAUUCUAUGCCUAAAGACACAGAAGAAUAUCUUCUCUCCCGUGGGCUUAAAAAUGCUCUAUAUUCUAUUAGAGCCCAAGAUCUAACUGAAGAUCUUUUUGGCACUUUGGUAUCUUGCCCUCUCCAGCUAGCUUCUUCUUCAAAAGGCGGAACAUCAAAUGAGCGCAUGCCAAAGAAAAGGUCUCAGGAUGCAAUGUGGUCAGACUAUGGGGAAGCUGUUGGAUCGGGAGUUAUGUCAAAUGAUUCUCAAAGAAAGCAUGUGAAGUCAGAACAUAACGGUGACCAAGCAUUAUCAUCUGGACAGCGCUCUUGUACUCUUGAAUUUGAUGGUGCUUCAAAAGGAAAUCCUGGACAAGCCGGGGCGGGAGUUGUGCUGCGAGCUGAUGACGGUAGCUUGACAUGUAGGCUUCGUGAAGGUUUGGGUGUAGCAACAAACAAUGCUGCUGAAUAUCGAGCCAUUAUUUUGGGUUUAAAGUAUGCGCUUAGCAAAGGAUUUACGAGCAUUCGCGCACAAGGUGACUCUAAGCUUGUGUGUAUGCAGGUCCAGGGUCUUUGGAAGGUUAAAAACCAAAAUAUCUCGCCCCUGUACGAGCAGGCAAAACAAUUGAAGGAUAAAUUUCAUUCCUUCCGGCUCAUUCAUGUUUUGCGGGAGUCGAAUUCUGAUGCUGAUGCACAGGCAAACUUGGCUGUCGAACUUCCUGCGUCUCCACCGGCGUCCAAUGCCGCGGCCGUGGCUUCCAGCGCCGCUGCCGGCUUGACCGAAGAGGAUCUUCUGAUCAUCGACGACGACGACGCCGCUGUUUCCAAGCCUGAUACGAUUCCGACUCUGCUUCAACCCGGCGUCGUCGUCUAUGAUGGCGUUUGCCAUCUCUGUCACAAAGGUGUGAAGUGGGUGAUUCGGGCAGACAAGGAUAGAAAAAUUAAGUUCUGUUGCCUUCAGUCAAAAGCUGCUGAACCAUACAUGAGUCUAUGUGGUGUUGAUCGAAAUGAUGUUCUUCGCCGCUUCUUGUUCAUUGAAGGCCCAGGUCUAUACUAUCAAGGCUCCAGUGCUGCACUGAAGGUUUUGUCCCACCUGCCAUUGCCUUACUCUAUACUAAGCACUUUCAUGAUUAUCCCCCCACCUUUAAGGGAUGCUGUCUAUGACUAUAUUGCAAAGAGACGCUAUCACUGGUUUGGAAAAGAUGAUGAUUGCUUGGUCCUGCAGGAGAAAGUGUUGCUACAGCGUUUCAUUGAUGCAGAAGAGUUGCUGAAACGUCGCCAAUCAGAUUCAUGAAUAGCACAAGAUAGUGAGGUUUGUUUUUUUUGCCUAAAACUGUUAAAUUAGCUCCCGGUUUUGCAUUCGGAAAGCCUCAUAGUUCAUCCACAUACUAGAAGACAUCUUGUUAGCCUUGCUUUCACAUUUGGCCAGAUCAUUAUUAUUCAAAAUAGAAGCAUGACAUUUUCUGAUCGAGAUUAGUCUCAUAAUGAUAAGGGAUAUUAGAAUACA